AUGGGCAAGAGAAAAGUGGGUGAAGUAGAACUUGUGACCCCCUCAUCUUCUGACCUCGAUCAGCCGAAACAAGCGAAGAUGAUCCGACCCAGCACGCAUCAUACAACUGGAGACGGCAUUAACAUGCAAGGAGUGACCAACCAGGCUGCUGUCAGCCAAUAUAUGGGCAGCUACAUCAUCAUGCCUCAAAUGCAAGGAAUGGCGAACCAGGCCAACAUGAUGAACCAAGCCGCGCUGCAAAUGCAACAACAAAUUUUGCUCCCUCAAAUGGCGGGGUAUUCCAUGCAGUUCCCGUUUUUACAACCAACGAUGGUUCAAAGUCCUGCUUCUGGAUUAAUGCAGCUCUCCUCCUCCGGAACAUCGCAUCUUGUCCCGCAGACGGCUUACCCACAGCGAAGCAACAAACUGAGGCCUAAAGCAUCCGAGAAUGUGACCCUGCCCGAUCCACUGCCUGAAUGCAUUGAGAAAAUCGAGGAGUCAAAAGAUUUGUACUGCCCCGUCUGCGAGUUAUCCGUCAACUCGCAGCAACAGCUCACUCAACACCUCGGAUCCACCAAGCACAAGCUCGUCUCACUCGGGCUCCUGCCUAAGCCUUCUGAAGAUCCAACGAUAAAACGCGUGGGACAGUACAAGUGCAAAAUAUGCGAUGUCAUUUUGAACUCAGAAGCUCAGCUGGUCCAGCAUUUAAAAUCACUCCGGCAUCAGGCCGCAGAACGUGGCGAAGAGCUACCUCCCCGUGGCGAGCGCCGCUUCUGCCCUUACUCGCGUAAUAAAAAGAGCGGAAAAGAGGAGGGAAGUGAGCCUGGCUCUCUCACCGGUGAAAACGUAAACAGUUCCAAUUCUCAAACUCAGGAAACGGCCACGGAAGAUCUUCUCGGUAAAGUGACGCCGCUGCAGCUGCCGACUGAGGCGCUGUCGACGCCGGAUCCUCAAGUCAGAACGACGGUGGAAAAACCGGACUCAGUUUGCAAUUCCACAAGUCCGAGCUUGAAGUCUGAUCAAUAA